AUGGCCAGCUCGCCAGGCGAUGGAUGGAAGCGGGACCGCCGCCAUGAGGAGGCAUCAGAAGAGGAGGAGCGCGAGGGUCACGUGGCCGAGAAUGGAGAAGACGGACUGGCAGGUAGCAUGGAUCAGUGGGACCUCUCUUUCUCUCAGGAGAACCUGGAGGACGUUGGACUCUUGGAAGAACUGAAGCCCUACCAGGAUUGUCCAGCAGAAGGGGAACAGAGAUUUGACCUCAGCAACCUUCGAGACCUCGAAGGUGGUGGAGAGGCCGACCAGGGGAGCCCCCCACCUGAUAAUGGUGGUUACCAAGAACAGGAUGAGACCCCAGAGGACCUAAGCCCUGCUUCCUAUUGGCACCUGCAGAUAGCCCAGCGGUUGAGCGUGACAGAAAACGAGCAGGACGAAGCCAGCUCUGAAGGACUAGAGAAGCAAGGAAGGGCUUCAGAAGCAGGCAGUGAUGGGGAGGCCUACCCUGAGCUUUCUUAUGAGGGACAGUAUGGUUCGGAGUACAGCGCCAGUCCUGAGGCUCUGAGGGAUCCUCUGGCUUCAUAUAAGCAUGGCAAAUCCUACAGUUUUACCUCAGAUGGUGGGGAGGACUUCUCUGAUGGCUCCAAUGUUAGCCCUUUUCCUUCCAGGGAUGCCUCAGGUCGUAUCCACUUGAGGACAGUUGCCUUUGAGGUCCAGAGCCUCCUUGGUGACAGCUCAGAGUUUCCUGAGGAAACAGAAUUUUCCUCCCCAUCUGCGAGGAGCCCCGAAAGCCAUGUACUCAGUUCACCAGCAGAUUCCACACACUGGACUCAGAACCUCUUGGGCCGCCUCUCUCUCGAAGACCUUCAGAAAUCUCCUGGAAUUGAUGCGGAGACUUUCCCAGAAUCCUCCUAUGCAGACAACUUGGGUGAACCUGUGGGGACUGUAGUCAAGAUGGCCUCUGAAAGCACUCCCCAAAGAACCAAAGCUAUGGUUAAGCCUAAGGAGGGGCUGUUUGGUACAGCUGGGAGGAUGGAGAUGCCUUGCGCCAUGAGGCGAGUUGGCAACCAGCCCCCUGAAAGAGUGACCAAGCUAAAAGCAGAUGUACCUCAUGGGCUUCCUUCAAAAUUCAGCAGGCAAUCAAGGUCCCUGAGUCCCCAGGGAAGAGCCACCCAGAAAAAGGCCACUUCACAUCAACUUGGCCCAGCAAGUCAAGUGACCCCCGUUGUGAACAAUGCCUCACAGUAUGGCCGAGGGCAGCUCAACUACCCGCUACCCGAUCUCUCUAAAGUGGAGCCUCGAGUUAGAUUCCCAAAGGAUCCGGAGACUUACCGCCCGCCACGAGGGAAAUCUCCCCCUGCGAGAUCGAAGGGUGCAGGGAAGCCUGUGAUCUUCAAAUCUCCUGCCGAGAUUGUCCGUGAGGUGUUGCUGAGCAGCGGAGAAGGCUCGCCCCAGAAAUACCUGACCCCCUCUGACUCCGUGAUUCCAGAGGAAUUCAAAUCCCCCAGACAAGCCACAGAGCUGGUGCAGCAACUUCAGGAAGACUACCACAAGCUUCUGACUAAGUACGCCGAGGCUGAGAACACCAUUGACCGGCUGAGACUUGGUGCAAAGGUCCGCCUGUAUGCAGAUCCUCCGAAACCCAGCCAGGGUGUCCAAAUGGGGACAAUAUCUCAGGGCUCCAAGGUCAUGACCUUCAGCAUCCCCCAGAUCAGAGUGGCAGAGAUGUCAGGGAGGUGUGGUCCAGCUUCAGAUGCCACAUCAAGUCAAGGACUUUCAAUACACCAGGCUGCAUCCUCCCUUCCCAGUUCUGUAGCUGGUGGUGGUCCUAGAGCAGAUGGCUACACCUCCAUGGAAAACCCAUUCUCGGGGGACCACUUGACGCAAGUUUUGGCUGCCCAGGCAAGAAAGUUUCAGAGCCAGGUGGAAUCCUUGGAGGAGUUAAUUCGGACGGGGAGGCUGAUGCCGCAGGACCAGCUAAAGGCAUUUGCAAAGCUCAAGAAGGCCCAGGGAGCCCUGGAACAAACCUACCUGCAGGCUCGGGAGGAGUACAGGCAGUUGCAGAACCAGCAGGAGCCUGCAGCGCCGCUAGGAGAUUUUGAUCCAGAUCGAGCAGUGGAAGGAGAAAUAUUCCGCCUCGAGAUGCACUUAGAAGAGCUGAAAGAGAGAAUUGACCAGGCGACUCAGCCUACCACGUGCAGCAGCUCUCAGGCAACCACAUCCCCUGACUCUUGGCCAGCGCAGGCUAUAGACAUGCAGACGGGAUCCCCCACGCCAUCCAUUCAAGCCCCAAUCCCAGCUGUCCGCACUCCAUACCCUCAGACUCCCAUCCCUAAGGACAGCCCUGGUCAAGUCCAAGCGGCUGUAGAAGUUAGCUCCGUCAGUGAUGGGACUGAGGACGAUGAAGAAGGCUUCCCGGAGCCCCUGUGUCACAAGCAGUUUCAAGUAGAGGAGGAUUUCGAUAACCUCCUGGACCAUUACAGCAGCUUCAAGUCUUUGCCGGAAGUUAUGAGUUUGGAACAGCUGCACCUAAACAAUCAUGGCUUAUCCCCAGAUGCUGUGGACAGUGCAGCAGCAAGGGAUUCUGGGACAAAGGACAGCCAUCAUGGAAGGGUGUCUGAAGAUAAUGAGACCACUCACAUAUCAUCCUCACCGCAGCCACAAGAGAGGAAGCCUCCGGAUCUGACGCCAGAAAAGACCAUCCACGUACCCUCCGUCCAAGUGGAGGAAUCGGUUCCUCAGGGCUCAGUGGAGAAAGGUAGACCCUCUCCUGGAGUUCCCAAGACUUGCUCCAGUAGGCAACAGGUGCUACUCUCUCCUCAGGGAAGCAUGGCGAGUGUUGCCGGCAGUGGCGCUUCAGAACACGCAUCCCGGAAGUCCUUCCGGAAGACAAAUGUGGCAACAUCUGAGGAUUUACGCAUAGUGUCCCCAGAGACCGACAGUGGAUUUGUGGGGUCCGAAGCCAGCAGGGUCUCCCCCUUGGCCCAGCUGCCAAAGCAUCAUUCAUCCCGAUCGAGGUCCCAUGGCAUGCUGGGAAAAUGUCCUCCACAGAUGGCUGAUGCUGAUGCUCUCCUUCAGCUGGCAUCUAGGAGGAUAGAAUCUGCAGCAUUGGAGCCACCGGAGACUAGCGUGUUGGCCAGGCAUACUCAACCAGAAGGAAGCACCCAGAGACACAGUCUUCACAGUGGUGGCUCCUUCCAGAUGGGCUCACCUUCCCGAUGGACAAACAGUGUUGCUAGUGAGAUGGAGCCAGGCACAGAUAGCUCUCACACUGACUCCGAUGGUGAGGUUCACAGCAGAAUCAGCACUUACAGUGUCCAUCCUGAUGAAACGAGGCAUUCUCCAAGUUUCUCCGCCACGUCACUCACCCCGGCGAGAGCUCCCUGGCACAGACUUCUGGACUCCCGCUUGGAACGAGACCAGGCUAUUGUGGCUUUGCAGAAUGAGGUCUCGCAGCUGCGCCAAAGCCUGGAGAAGAACCUCCGCCAGCCUUGCGGUCCCCCAAAGCAAUCAUCCUCCCCCCAUGCCUCGAGGAUCCGACUGCUGUCCCAGGAAAGGCCUUGUAUUCCCCCUUGUAUUCCCAAGAGCGCCAAUCUGAAGAGCAAAACGUCGAGGAAAGGUACUGUUGGAUCUGAAGAGCCAUGUCUGGAGACUAAGCCAGAAGGACGGGAAAGGCGAGCACCACUUCCACCAAACGAGUCCCAGCUGGAUCUUAGCCCUUCAGAGUCAGACGGUUCUCUGUCGAAGCCUCAGGAAAGUAAAUCCCAGGAAGCUACCUCUUCUAGGGCAGAAUCUCGAAAGCAGCCCACCUUACAAGGACCCUACACAGGGGCACGGUAUCCCUUGUCCACUCCUUUGUCCCGAGAACCAAAGGUUCACAAAGGACCUGACUCCUGCCCCCAUUGCCAAGAGGUCACACCCCGGACUGGAGAAGAACCUGCGCAUGAGCCAAAUGCCUGGGACACUGAAGGCUGUCACCUCCCCUCCAGUGAUUCAUUCCGACCUACCCUGCACAGCACUCAGAAGACAGUACCAUGUCCGAUGUGCAAAGAUACCAAGCAUCGCAGGAGCAAAACAGUACAUGGGGUGGACCACGGCAGAGAAACCACCUCCUCACAAGACCACAGCGAGCAAAAGAAGCCCAGUAAUCGGCAGCAACCACAGCAGCCUGGGCUGUGGUAUUGGGCUGUCCCAUCCCCGGCUGCGUCGAUUGGCUACGUCCCCACCCUUCCUUUGGCAGCCUGCCUCCCAUCGCCUGUAAUCUACUGUUCACCACCAGCAUCUACCUCAGCUUCCUCUCCAGCUGGUGUUCCCGUUAACGUCCCCAUCGGGUACCAAGCCACUGCACUUGGCACGUGGUCCUCAUGGCAGCAACCCCCACGAGGCCCCGCCUGCUCCCUGAUGCUCAGCUUCGAUGAAAUGGAGAACCUCAACUGGGCUCUGAACCGUGCCGUUGAAGCCGCCAAAGGGGUGAAGCUCACCACCAAGCAGAUGAGCAGGUCUCUCUCAUCAGAACUGAGUAAAGCUCGGCGCCUGCGGGGAUCUUGCCUCUUCUAA